AUGAGCUUCAGCUACUUCGAGGCCCUCCCGGCCGAUGUGAAGGCACAACUCAGCUUCUCCGAGGUGGAGGACCUCAUCCGGGUGUUCCAGCACUUUGACAAGGCCAGAGAGGGCGCUUUGAACAAGGGCACCGCCCCCAACGACUUUGCGCGCGAGGUGGCGAACAAGCUGGGCGAGAGAUUCGGCAACGCCAACGGCUUUCUCGAUGCGCUUCUGGCCCACACCGCCCCUACGCUCCCCUUUGCCGACUUGGCCAAGGUGUUCGCGAGCGAGCACAAGCGACCCAAAAAGAUCACGAGGGAGGUGUCUGCCGGCGGUGCCAUCCAUUCUUUCAGCGAUGAAGAAAGGCAGGGCUAUGUAGAAUUUAUUAAUUCCACCCUCAAGGACGAUCCCGACCUCCAAACGACGCUGCCCAUCAAUCCGCGCAACCAGGACAUCUUCGCGGCGGUCUCCAAGGGCAUCAUUCUCUGGUGCGCGCCCACUCCAGCGCGAGGCAUUUGGCGCGGUAAAUUAAUCAAUUCGGGAUUCCCGAACACCAUCAACGAGGCCAAGCUCAACCUGAGGGCGGCCAACCCCUACGAAAAGAACGAGAACCACGACUUGUGCAUCCAGGCGGCUGCCAAGCUCGGCUGCAGUGUGGUCAACAUCGGCGGCAAGGACCUCCUCGAGGGAACGCCUCACCUCGCGCUGGGCCUCAUGUGGCAAAUCAUCAAGAAGAACCUCCUGGCCCUCGUCGCCGCCAACCUCUCCAAGGGCGAGGGCUUCAUCGACAUCCCUCCCGAGCAGAUGCUCUUCCGCUGGUUCAACUUCCACCUCGCCAACGCCGACUCCCCGCGCACCCUCUCCAACUGGUCCCGCGACCUCCAGGACUCGGAGCUGUACUUGACGCUGCUGUCGCAGCUGGAGCCCGAGAAGUGCCCGAAGCACGAGGUCCAAGCUGCGCUCGCCCUCUCCGAUCCACUCAAGCGCGCCGAAGUGGUCUGCCAGUUUGCGGAGCGGAUCGGGUGUCUCAAGUUCAUCACGCCCAAGGAGAUCGUGAACGGGAACCCGCGCCUCAACCUGGCCUUCGUGGCCACGCUCUUCACGCAGUACCCGCAGAUGGGUCCCACGGAGGAGGAGAAGCAGAUCUGUAAGCUGCAGGAGCGCCUGGGGAGCGUGGAGCAGAGCCUCGCGCAGGUGUCCGGCGAAAAAUCGGACCUCGCCGAGCGGGCCGACCGGCUGGCCCGCGAUUUCGAGGCCAAGUCCAAGGAGGCCAGCGAGCUCAGCGGCCGACUGGCCGAGGCCCUCCAGGACCGCGACUCCCUCGCCCGCCAGCGCGAGCAGCUCGAGGCCUCCCUCGCCUCCGAGCGCUCCGAAAAGGACCGCCUCGCCCUCGAGGUCGAGACCCUCUCCCGCGACAAGCACGAACUCUCCUCGCGCCUCGCCGAUGAGACCGCCCAUCGUGAGAAGCUCGCUCGUGACCUGGAGAACGCGCGGGCGGACCUGCGGGAGGCGCAGGAGCGACACGAGCAGCAGAUCGCGCAGCUGUCACAGCAGCUGGCCGAACAGCAGAAGCUGCGCCAAGAAACGGAAGCCCAGCUGCGUGCCACGCGCGACGAGCUGGCCGCCACCAUCCAGAAGGCCGAGCAGGUGCAGAAGGAGCUCCAGGCGCAACUGGCCGCCGAAAGACGACGGAUCGAGGAGCUCGAGGAGGAGAUCCGGCGGCUCAAGGCCGAAAACGCGGAGCUCCGCCGCCAGCUCGAGGAGGAGCGCGAGGCUCGCCAGUCGGCCGAACAGGAACUCGACGAGACCCGCGCCGAGCUCGAAGAAACCAGGGCUGAGGCCGAUGAGGAGAAGACGCUCCUGCUGCAGCGCAUCAAGGACCUCGAGGAGGAGCUCGACCAGCUCAAGGAACUUAUGGCCACCUCGCUCACCCAGGCCGGCCGAGAGAAGGCCGACGCGCUACGAAGGGCGCAGGAGGAGAAGGAGAGGAUGCUAGACGAGGCCGAAAGGGCCAGGAUAGCGCAGAUGCGUAAGGUGCAGGGCAUGCUGGCCAAGGUGCAGAAGAAGGGCUACCUCUACAAGCUGGAGAAAUCCGCCGUGCUGGGCACCAGCAAGUGGAAGAAGAGGUACUUCGUGCUGCAGGACAACUUCCUCUCCUACUACAAGGACGAGAAGGCCUUCACGGAAUCGCGACCCGACGGCAUCGUCUAUUGCGAGCAAUGCCGCAUCUACGAACUCGACCAGGGCAAGAAGAACUACGGCUUCCAACUGGAUUCGGGUAAGCAGCAGUACAACCUGGCCGCGCUCAAGCUGGAUGACAUGAAGGAGUGGAUGAAGGACAUCAAGGAGGCCAAGAAGAAGGCGGUCGGAGUCAAGGUCGUCUCCGAGGACAAGGCCUCGCCCGACCCCUCGUCUCCCCGAAUGCCCGGCUCGCCCCACAACCAGGCCUAA